AUGAAACAUAUCAAAAAAGUCGAUUUAAUCAAAAACUCAAGCAAAAAUAAGAAAUUUUAAGACAUUUAUGAAUUUAACAAGAAUGAUGUAUUAUAAUCUCAUAAAUUUAGAAACUUGGUUAAGGAUCUUAUGGAAUGGUUUAUCGAGCAAUUCAUCGAGCUACUGGGUUAGCAAGAGCAGUGAAGAUCAUCCAUAAAGCAAGUGUAAAAUAGAAAGAAAGACUUACAAAUGAAUUGAGAACAGUUGAAUUAUUAGUAAUUAUUGAAAUUCAGAUUUUUUAAGGAUCAUCCACAUGUGAUUAGAGUCUUUGAAACAUAUGAGGAUAAUGACUAUAUUUAUGUAGUAAUGGAGUAUAAAAAUAACAAUUAAAUUUAGAAUAUGUAAAGGGGGUGAUAUUUUUGACAAGGUCUUGGAAUUGGGUAAUUUUGAUGAAUAAGGAGCAUUAAUAAUAUUCAUAUAAAUCAUUAGAUCAGUAGUUUACUAUUAAUCAUUAAAUAUUGUACAUAGAGACUUAAAACCAGAAAACUUUCUAUUUUAGAAAAAUAAUGAUCUUAAUACUCUUUAUAUUAUAGAUUUUGGUUUGGCUAGAAUAUUCUAACCUGGAAUUUUGCAAUAAUGGACUAAAGCAGGAACUGUAUAAAUAAUUUAAAUUUAUUCCUAGGCUUAUUAUGUGGCUCCAGAAGUUUUAGAGGGUACAUAUGAUAAUAAAUGUGAUUUAUGGUCAGUUGGUGUUAUUUUAUAUGUGUUAUUAUGUGGAUAUCCUCCAUUUUAUGGUGAAACAGAAUAAGAGAUAUUAUAUUCUAUUUAAAAAGGGAAAUAUGAUUUUGAUGGUCCCGAGUGGAAGAAUGUGUCUCUAUAAGUUAAGGAAUUGAUAAGUUAAUUAUUAAAACCAUCUUAAUAUCGACUUAAUUUGGAAUAGAUUUUAAAGCAUGAUUGGCUCUAAAAAUAUGUAUAAAAGGGGGAAGUUAUUCUAACAAAGGCAAAUAUAGAGAGAUGGCAAACUUAUCAUUAAAUUAAAUAAAUUAGUUUACUUUAUUUAGCAACAUAAUUAGAAUAGACUGAAAUAAUUAAUAUCAAAAAUGGAUUUUUAUUUAUGAAUAAAUCUUAAUCAGGAAUAUUAACAAAAGGAGAAAUAGAAGAUUUAAUUAAAUAUAAAUAUUAAGAUUUGGAAUAUUAUUGUAAAACAUUUAAUUAUUAAAUUAGAAUUCAUAGCUAUAUGUUUAGAGCCAACUGUAUAUAAAAUAGAAAAAUAUUUAAUAUUAAUGUUUACAUAUCUAUCAUCUAAUGGUCGAAUCACUAAAGACAGUUUAAAAGCAGUUGAUAUAAAUCUUGAAUGUAACUUAGAUUAUCAGCAAUUCAUUAAUCUAUUUUGA